AUGACGGAUUGGUACACGCAAAACAUUUACUUGCUUGCUAAAAUACUUAGCUCUGGUCCACUCGUGUUUGCAUUGGUUUAUACAAUUAUCAACAUGCGAGUCCGACAACAUUUCUUUGGUUCAGGCGAAGUUCGAGAAGUAGCUUUAUUCAAAGCGCAUACACGAGUGAUUCGAAUCCUUUCGCUUGGUUGUAUCGUUCUUCAAACCGUGUUAGGCAUAAGCAUCACAAAGUUUCCAUCCACCAACUCAACUUACUCAUUUGCUCUCAUUCGUCCAGUAUUAAAUGUUACUGUAUAUAGUUUGGGGUUCAUGACCAGCACUCACGGCGCCUUUCGUCUGGCGUAUAUACUACUUUUAAGUCAUAUUGUCGUGACUGACACAUUUGCUGAAGUGUCGAUUGCUAUGGUGAUUAAUUGCUUGGAAAGAGAAGGUAUGCGUUGUGGUGACAGUGCGCUGUCCUUAUCCCUAAAUGAAUUAAUCUUUUUAAAACGUCGAGAGCUCGUUAGUCUCUUUUUAACACCAUGGAUACUUCUCGAGACAGCGUACCUGUGUGUGGCUAUUGGAUUCUGCUCGAAUCGAUACUCAUCUCGACUAUUGUCACAUUCCCGCCCAACUUUUAACAUAAAAACAGCACUGCUUACUCAUUUUUCUAAUGACACGAUUAAACCAGAAUCAAGACGUUACCAUUCUCGUUAA